ACCUCCGCUUGGAUGAGCAAUUAAAACUCCAGAACUCCGUCAGCAACCUUGAAGUUGAACGUCCUCAUCGGCCUUCCCCAACGUACCCGUCGAGUCGAUUUUCUAUCUCCGGACGCUCGGUCGCCUCCAGUCGUACACCUCAGAGGCUCCGAGAUGUUUCCUCCAGCCGGGCUGCCUCUCCCCGGCGAGCUGCUGCUCAUCACCGACGAGCUCCCAUCUCCAGCCGACUUCCUCCUACACAAACUGCUCGCUGACCACUUGAAGCACGUGCGAGGAAGCGGGACACAGACGAGAUGUCUCGUCCUUGCCACGGUCGCCGAUCCAGCGCGCUGGAAACAUAUCGCUGCGAAGUCGAACGUGAACCUGGACCAGCACGUCGCUUCUCAGAGGCUGAUGUUCAUCGAUGUGCUUGGGCGGGUCCAGUCGGGUGAGACGCUGCGUCCGCUAUACGAUAUCGUGCAAGCAGAGCUGGGCAAGGCGGCGGCCGAAGACGAGGGACGCACGCUCGUCAUUCUCGAUGACCUCUCUCCCCUCGAAUGGGUCGGAUACACCACGCUCGAGCUAGCACGCUUCUCGCGCGCUCUGUCUGCAGCGUCUCGCAAGGCCAAUGCUGCGCUGGUCAUUCGCCACCACACCGUAACGCCCGGUGACCCAGAUGACCUCCUCCGGCAUCUCCUGCAGCUCGCGGCUUAUCACGUCGACGUGCGGCCCCUGGCUAGUGGGCGCAGCGGCGCAGUUUCGGGCGAGAUCGCCCUUCACGCGGGAGCUUGCAGCACCCCGACUCAUCAAGUCAAAGCCAUACCCCGGAGUAGCGCCCUUCAGUACCGCCUGACGGACGCAGGCGCCACGUUCUUCGACAAGGGCACCAGCGCCGGAGUCCUAUGAAGACAUACCGUCCAUCGCGCGAUUGGAAGAUCCGGAGUAUUCGUCUCGUGUCUCGUCGAAGAUGGCACGCUCCGCCCUGCCUAACAUGUGGAACACCGUUCAGCGUGCACAGGCCACGAAGGGCUUGCGAAGAUCGGAACACCAGGCAGGCACGUACAUCAGAAACGAUGGAGCUACUC